GCAACAAAAACAACACAUAGCACUGCAGACCUUAGGCUGUAAGCUGGUGCCUGUUUUCAGAGACUGAGACAAAGCUUUCAGCCCAGACAUGUCGAGAGCACACAGCCUGGAAUCGAGGGGGAUGACAGCUGAAGGGAAAUUCGCUCAGAUUAACCAUUUCCCAUUCACUCCUGAAUUUACCAAUAUGCUUACAAAAAGCAGUCCAUGUUUUGGUGCCUUGAGUCACCACUCAUUCUUCUCCCGGCACAACCCUCAUCCACACAGGAUGAGGCAUAUUCAAGGAUUCACAGGCAGACCAAUUUGCAUGGUAAGAGAUGAUUGGUGUGUCACGUCGUCGUUAUUUCCUCAUCCACUUCUCAAGAGCCACAUAAACAGGAAAGCAGCAGAGCCAGCUUUUCAGCUUGCUCAAAAUCUUUAUGGAGUCUGCGGAGACAAAACUAAAUCAGCACUAUUGUCAGAUGCCUGGAGAGAUGAACUCAAAGAAAUGGCUGCAAAAAUCAGUCUAACUUCCCAAACACAAAAGGACAAAAGAGAGGAACAACCAGAGGAAAAGUUUGUCCGACGAAAGACUCAAUAUUCAGCUCAGACUGGCAGACUUAUUCCUCCAUCCUCCAAGUCCUACCUGCGCAAAUCUCAAUACCAGCGCAUGAGCCAUCCUCAACCCUUCCAUGAUCAAGAACUUAUGGUUUUGGAGAUACUUUGUCAGAUCCUGCAGACAGACUCUCUCUCCACAGUGCAGCAGUGGCUUCUUCUUUCAGGCCAAAGAGAAAAAGAUCUGGUGAUGGGGAUGAUCAGACAAGCUCUGGACGGUGUCGACCUCUCUGUCCGUAACUUCCAGCAGCUACAGGCGUUUCAUCCAGGAGCGUCUCUGUCUGUGUAUGCUGCAUCAUUUGAGCAGCCAUGGGGAAAACCACACAGGAGUUCACACCAAGUCAAUCAAACAGCCAUUGAUGAAAAACCAGAGCGGAUUGGUGAUGCAGAAGUCCUGGCAGUCCAUUCAGAGGCCGAAAGUGUUCAGGUUCCUUCACUUCAGGAGGGGGAUAAUGCAUAGAGCUCAAUAAUCUUCCUAGAAACUAGCUAUAUUGUAUUAUUUCUGUGCUAUGAGAAAUGUAGCCUAAUACCUAGUUAGCUUAUCUUUAUUUUCAUUUGUUCAUCAAUAGGAUUAUAUGCUGUAGAUGUGAUUGUGCGGUGUAAUAAUUGUGGAUACUGUUAUAUAAUUGCUUAUUAGCUUUCAAAGGUAUCAUGGUUAGAAACUGAUUGAAGCAACAUUUAAUAAAUAAUAUAUAUAUAAAUUUAGUAAUCUGAAGAUUUGAUCAGUUUUUCCUAUUUUACUUUUCAAAUAAAGCAAUAAAAAGGAAAUGUCUGUGUAAAGAAUAACAAUUAUGUUUACUUUUGGCAGGGUGGCAAACCUCGAUAAAUGGAGAUAUAGCAGAAAUUAUCUUCUUCUUUUUGAAAAAAGUCAAAGAGCUUACCCUAGCUAUCCUGAUUUUAUAUAUAAAACAUAUAAACAUAUAGGAGUGGCCAGACAAAAUAAUGUGAGUUUUAACUUAUACUAAAAGCUUCAGUCUUAUUUUAGCAUCUUACUGUAUAUAUUUCUACUGCAGCAUGGAAGAGAAUCAAGAGCAGAACAAUGAAGACUGUUAGAGAAACAAACAAUGAAAAUCAAGCCAGAGUCAGGUUCUGCUUAACAGAUGAAGUAAGAAACAAGCAACAGCUCAUAAAUAAAUCAGUUCACUUGUGAAAAAUAAAAGUACCUAUUUGGUAAGUGUGCCUGUAAUUUUAUAUAUACCAAAAUAUUUAUUGCUGCAUUAAUGUGCAAAGAUCUGUUUACAACUACUCCUAUGACUAAGUCAUUAUUAUCAUAAUUUUAGCCCUUAAUAUAUAUUACGCUAUAUAAUGUACUGCAUUCCUUUUAAAUUAUCCGCUAAUGUGUAGGCCAAUACAUUUAAGUGAUAUACAAAACUAUCAACUGUUUUUAUUUUAUUUUUUUGCAGCAAAAAAAAAAAGGCAAUCGAG